AUGGCUUCCUCCAACAGUCUCCUGUCUGAAGAGCAGUUCCAGUGCUCUAUCUGUCUAGAUGUGUUCACUGACCCAGUCUCCAUCCCGUGCGGACACAACUUCUGCAUGGCCUGUAUCGGGAGUUACUGGAACGCUAACGGGCUAUGCAAGUGUCCAGUGUGUCAAAAGACUUUUGAACAGAGACCAGAUCUCAGUGUCAAUACUUUUAUUUCUGAAAUGGCCGCUCACGUCCGGAAGCUAGCUCCAGCUGACAGCACACUCAAACAGCACCCCGCCAAGCCUGGAGAAGUGGCCUGUGAUGUCUGCACUGGGAGGAAGUUCAUGGCCUUGAAGUCGUGCCUGGUUUGUCUGGCUUCUUACUGUGGGACUCACCUAGAGCCGCAUCAGAGAGUUGCUUCCUUCAAGAAACACAAGCUAAUUGACCCUGUGGAGAACCUGGAUGACAGGGUGUGUGAGAAGCACCAACGACCCCUGGAGUUGUUCUGUAGGAGCGACCAGUCCUGUGUGUGUCAGUUCUGCACUGAGACAGACCACAAGUUCCACAAGACUGUCCCCAUAGAGGAAGAGAGUGGAGUGAGGAAGAGUCUACUGUGGGAAACCAAGGGAAAAGUGCAGAGGAUGAUCAAGGACAGACUGCAGAAGGUGAAGCAGAUGGAACACUCAAUAGCACUCAGGAAGAGGGGUGCAGAGAGAGAGAUAGAAGAUAGCGUGCAUGUUUUCACUACUCUGGUGCGCGCUAUUGAGAAUAGCCAGGCUGAGUUCAUUGAGGAGAUUGAGGUGAAACAGAAAGCAGCAGAGAGGCGUGCUGAUGGGCUCAUCAAAGAGCUGGAGCAGGAAAUCACUGAACUACAAAGGAGACUCACUGAUCUGCAGAAGCUGUCAAACACAGAGGACCACCUCCACGUCCUCCAGAGCUCCCCAUCGCUUUGCACCCUUCCACGCACCAAGAACUGGUCUGAGAUCAGGGUUCACAGCGGUUUGUGGGUCGGGACCCUUAGGAGAGCUGUGUCUCAACUGGAGGAGACGCUUUAUGAAGAGAUUGAGAAGUUGUGUGAGACCGAGCUGGAGAGAAUGCAGCAGUCAGCUGUGGAUUUGACUCUGGACUCUGAUACGGCAAAUCCCAAACUUAUUUUGUCUGAGGAUGGGAAACAGGUGAAGCUAGGACACAGACAAAAGCUCUUCCUUGACAACCCAAAGAGGUUUGAUCCUGUACCCUGUGUACUAGGAAAUGAAGGCUUCGUCUCUGGGAGAUUUUACUUUGAGGUGCAGGUGGAGGGGAAGACUAGCUGGGCUUUGGGAGUGGCCAGAGAGUCCAUCAACAGGAAGGGGAAUGUACGGCCCAGUCCUGUGAAUGGAUACUGGACUGUGGGGCUGAUGAAUGGGGAUGAGUACAUGGCUCACGCUGGGCCCAGUGUCCCUCUCUCUCUGUCAGAGGAACCUCAGAAGGUGGGGGUGUUUGUGGAUUAUGAGGAGGGGGAGGUCUCCUUUUAUGAUGUGGAGGCCGGGUCUCAUAUCUACUCUUUCACCGUCUGCACCUUCACUGAGAGACUCUACCCAUACCUCUUUACAGGCAUAAAUAAGGAUGAUAAAAACUCUGCCCCAUUGAUCAUUUGUCCGAUCAUGUCCGUCAAUCAGUAUGAGAUUUCAUCUCUCGAUGAUGCACCUUAGAUUUCAGCAAUUGAUUCAGCCAAGUGAUUGUUGAUACUUCUAUACAGCUCUUCGAAAAUGGUCACAGCAUUGGAAUGACACAGUGAGAAAGUUAGGUGUCUAAUCAGGCGUGCAACUGACAAUGUUUUUUUUUAGCUUUUCAUUUAGAUUGAAUGGACAAAGUCCCCCUCAUACAAAAACAUAUAUUUUACCUCCACAAUCGUGUAGGAAUUCAUUAUUAUUUUGCCUAUUUUUCUCUGUGGCAUAUAUAAGUAACUGCCAAAAUAAAGGAAACGUCAACAUAGUGUCUUAAUAGGACGUUGGGCCACCACGAGCCAGAACAGCUUCAACGCACCUCGGCGUUGAUUCUACAAGUGUCUGGAACUCAACUGGAGGGAUGUGACACCAUUCCAUCAUUUUGGGUUUUGUUGAUGGUGGUGGAAAAUGCUGUCUUAGGUGUCGCUCCGGAAACUCCCGUAAGUGUUAAAUUGGGUUGAGAUCUGGUGACUGAGAUGGCCAUGUCAUAUGAUUUACAUUGUUUUCAUGCUCAUCAAACCAUUCAGUGACCACUUGUGCCCUGUGGAGGGGGGGCAUAGGCAUGGCAGCCAAAAUAAUGGCCUGCCCAGCAUUUUAAAUAAUUUCCCUAAGCAUGAUGCGGAUGUUAAUUUGCUUAACUUGAGACUCAGAAAUGACACUGCCACGAGCAUCACCGCAGAUAUUCAGAUGAGAGAGAUGCAAGACUUUGCUCUCACACAGUCACACACAGUAUCUGUGCAUGGGUUCACUUCACACUGUUCACAACGUAAUAGCCACGGGACUAAAACAGCAGAGAAGUUGAGCCUCACACUUCAACGCUCUUAGUUGUUGCAGAAAUGUACUCACUAUGCCGUUUACUUUGUGCAUCUACAUCAUAUCGCUGAGACUACCUUUAAUUAGCUCAGGAACCACACCUGUGUAGAAGCACCUGCUUUCAAUAUGUUUCAUAUCCCUUAUUUACUCAGGUAUUUUGGCAGUUACCUUGAUAUUAAUUUCCUUGAAAUGCGUAACAAUGAUAUGUGUAUAAUCAAUGGGCUACUGGAGAGGGAGUACUGCUCUGUAUAUUUUGGGGGGUACAUUUUGGGGUGAGGUGAAAGGUUUUGUUGGGCGUUUUUCUUAAAAUAGAAAAAAAUAAAUGUCACAGUGCUUUAUGACAGUUUAUACAGGUGCAUCAGUUGGACUCUUUUAAAUCUUCCAACGUGUACAAAGUCUUUGGUUGGAGAAGCUCUGCAACCUGCAGAGUAUUGAUGUUUGAAAUGAUGUUAACCGUAAUCACACAGUCCUUUAAUGUUGGAAUUUAGCAAAAAAAGGUUUGAACGACAAAUCAAUGUCCUGUUAUCAAAUAAACAUUCAGCACGUAU